AUGGAGGAUGGAGAUGAGGUGGAGGUGAAAGAUGGUGUUCUGGAGGAAGGUGGCCGCAGACUUGGUGAAGAUGCUUGUACGGAGGAUAAGCGGGAAACGGUUCGGGAGGAGGAGAAUGGGAUGGAGAGGGGAGGAAGAGUGGAGGGAGGUGGAAAGGAGGGGGAUGGAAAGGAGGAGGGUGGAUUUAAGGGUGGUGAGAAGAGGGGUGGUGGUGCUUUGGGCAGUGAGGGCAAUGGCAGAGCGGCUGCUGAUGCUGCUGCACCAGCAGAGGGAGAUGGAAAGGGGGGCGAUGCUAAGGUGGGAGAUGAACACGGGGGGUGGAUUAGGAAGGGUGGUGAGGUGGGGGGUGAUGAGAAGGGGGGGGAGGAUGAGAAGAUGGGAGAUGAGGGGGCAGAUGUGCAAGGAGGGGUUAUCGAGGUUGUGACAACAGUGCCACCCACUGCACUGGCUGAGGCAGGAAUUGGCACCCAGCGGCACCGCGCUCUUAUUGAGUCUGCUAGUAACGAGAAUGCCCUCAUGGACUCGUCGAUUAGCCGGCAGCAGGGCGCAACUGUGGUGUCAUCAUCUCCCCUUGGAACGAUGUCUCACAAGGGCGUUAUUGCGGUGCCAUCAUCAACCCUUGAGACGGCGGUGUCUCACAAGGGCUCAAUCGUGGUGUUAUCAUCUCCUGAGGGCCAGGGUGCUGCUGCUGCCACCCCACACCCGUGCUCCCCCCCCCCCGCCCGUUUAUCUUCACCAGGGACCGCUGCCAACAGUGGUUGGACCGACGAUGCUGCAGGAGCCGCAGCGGUCGCGGUUCCACUUCUUCAGCACCUUCUUCUCGACCUCACUCUCUCGCGUCCAGGAGCGAUUUGUAAGUGGAGUGAUGUGCAGUCUGGUGCUGUGUUGAGCGGUGCAAUGCUCUAA